CGCUCAUUAAGCAGCUCUCAACUGGCUGCGCUCUGCCUCGCGCCAAUGGAAACCAUUCUCUCAAAUUAGAAUUUAUACACGAAAAACCUUCUCAUCUCUGCGUGUGUAGGUGUUCUUGUCUUCUAGAUCGCCAAGUCUUGGCAUUGCAGGCACCGAUUCUGGAUGUCAACCGUCAAAUCAAGCGCGAAGAAACGAGCUUCGGAAUCCGAGACUUCUAAACCGAAUAAACUGAAGCGCGACGCCAUUGAGGACGACUUCGAUGCAGCUCUCUCCAAUGAUAUCAAAGGGAUAGUCUCCGCUCUGCAACAGAUCAGAGAGCGCGCCCACAAGGACGGACAGAAGAAGAAUGAGGAGACAAUUUCAAGUGUCGCUGCAGAGAUCAGGACGAAGCUUGAUGAAUUGAAGAGCAAAUUUGAGAAAGAAAGGCAAAUUCUUGCAAAGGCACUUCUUAAGAGCUCAAAAGAGUGUGAAAAUUUGUUAAAGAAGGAGACUGCCAAGUUCAACUUAGUUUAUGAUAGAUUUUGCAAGGAAAAGCAAUCACAUUUGCAGGCUUUAAAAGAUGCUAUUUCCAAGCACGAAGAAGAGAAGGAAAAUUUGUUCUUUCGAUAUGAACAACAAAGAAUGAAGGAGAAGAACAUGAUCUGUCAACAUGAGGAGGACUAUGCAAAUAGAAUUGCUGAAUUGGAAGAGUCACUCAAGAAGAAAAAGCAUGAUGAUAGAGCAUUCAGCAUUUUGAGAAAGACGCUAGGUUCAUUCCUGGAAAAUGCCUCAGAUGAAGAUUUCCCUCCUGAUGAUUGAACGGCGUGCUCGAGGAUAAAUUUGUUUUUGAGCCGAGGAGUUGCUUCGAAAUGCUUUUUCCAGGUGUGUAAGUGUAUUGGUUAACAACAAUGCUUCCAUCAAUUGCCAUACAAUGGUUUUGAGAGGCAAACAAGACCAAUAAAGGCUAAUGAGAAGAGUGGAUGGAAUGAAAUAAAAUUUUAACAAAAAGAGGACAAAUGGAAACCAGGAAAAAUGUAGUGAAAAACUCUUGGAGCAUGACAUACAUGUCAGCAUGGGUAUAAAUGAUUGGCAAGCUAGAAAACCCUAGACAUCAAAACCAGCCCCACUGAAAUGGGAUGAAGGCUUGAUAUCUUCUUUAGCCAAGUAAAGUAUUAAGGCUUGUUAAUGUUAAUGUAAACACAUAGGCACUAAGCCUCUACAGUGAAGAAGAUAAAGAUUGACAAUGUUAGUAUAAAAUUUCUAACAGAAAGAGUCGUUUUUUUUCAUAAUAUCCUUGGAGAAACCAUUCAAGUCCUCAACUACGGCGCAAAAAACCGUCUUUCACCGGUGUUUCUACAUGAGACUAGUAUAAAUUUCAGGAUCCCAGGAUACAGUUGUAGUAGACCUCGAAAUCCACUGUGCUGAUUCCUUAAGCCAGGCAGCAGCGGUCGUCCAAAAUCCUUGCAAGCUCCCAAUCUUAAACCAACAAGCUGCAAUGAUGUGAAGCUCUUGCUCAUUCACACCACCUGCCCUUAGGUACAAAACCUCAAGAGAUCCAUAUAUAUAUA